AAAAAUAGUAAUUUUUUACUAAAACGAUGAAGAAACUUAAGAUAAAAAAACCGCUGAAGAGAGCAACAAUAAAACGGAAUAAAGUCGUAGAUGAAAAUAGCCAAACAGAGAGUACUGAAGGAUACAGUACUGCAGAUGAAACCGAUAACACUAACAACGAAGAAAAUCGACUAGUAACGAUAAAAAACGGAAAAUUCGUUUACGAUAUUAAAUUUGGAACUGUUAAAUUCAUAACAGCUGUUACGAUGGUACUGAUAUUUAUUAACACGAUAUUCUCGUUGUCUUUGUUCGAUUCUUCGAUAAGAAUACGCAGUCAUUUGGGGUAUUUCAUCAACAUGGUUUCCAACACAGCCGAAGGAGCGAAACUGCCCAUUUUCCAAUCACUACCAGUUCUGAUAUUCCUAAUUUUCGACCUGAUCUUUCUAUUCGCGCUCUGGAAGAUAUUCAAAAGGAAGAAACAGCGAAAAUACAACUGGUUGCUAUUCGUUAUUAUCAUCGCCCAUUUAGCUCUCAUCAUCCUCACCUUCAUCUUGUUAUUCGUCAUCAUGGGCCACAUUUACGGAGGACACGUGUACAUCCACGAUGGUAUCAUGGAAGCCAUGAAGAACUACUCGAGCAACUCCUUAUUCAAAAAACAAAUCGAUAGCUUGCAAAUAGAAUUCCAAUGCUGCGGCAGCAAGAAGUACGACGAAUGGUACAACAUCCAAUGGUACGACGCGAGCCUGAUAAAAAAAGGCCACGCGGAGAAGUCCAACGGCAACACGCCCUUCAGCUGCUGCUCCAUGUCCUCUCUGUCCCCUUGCGUUCACCACAACAUAGAGAACACGGGGAAGGGCUACUUGUACACCCCCGAGCAGAACUUGAGCAUCUCCACGACGGGCUGCCACGAGAAGAUCCUGACGAAGACGCGCCAGGUCGGCUGGAAGAUCAUCGGGAACCUGCUGAUUUUUAUCGUCCUGCAAGGAGUGGUGCUGGUUGGGAUGAGGCUCUUGCAGACUGCUCAUUACGCUAGUAAAUUCGCGUUCGGGGGGCACAAUAGAGUUUAUACGGCGUGGAUUUUCGGUAGGGGGGUUAUGAAAAAUUCGAUCGCGCCCGAUGAUGGUCCUCCGCCUGUACCGCCCGUGCCGGAUGAGUUGAAAUGA